AUGGCGCCUGUUACGCGGUCUUCGCUCUAUGGAAGGCAGUCGCAGCUGGAGAACAACCCCAGCCAGGAAGAGUCGAACUCGCCAGGCGACGGACGCGAGGAUCAGCAAAUGGCUGAUGAGGAUGAUGAAGAGUCCCUUCACGAAGGUGCGACUGAGAACGUCGAAUUUCUUUACACUUCACAAGGCGGGGUGGAGCUCGGGCGACGGGCAGGAUCAAGCAUGCUGAUCGACACAACAGAUGCGCAGUCUCCUUUUCGGUCUUCUGCGCAAGAGAUGCUUCGUCCUCUGCAAGACACUGCCGAACGAGUAAGCCGACAGGUCGAGGAGUUUGCGAAAGCUCUGGAUAGAUUCGUCUCCAAUCGAGAACCCACGGACAACUCUCUCUGGGACGAUGCGUUGGUAUUGCUGGAACGCUAUAGCAAGAUCGCAGACAUACGGAAAGCCAAAACACCUGCCGGAGAGGAACAGGGCGAAUUGGACAAGUUGCAGCUCGAAUCUGAUUUGUGGAUUCUGGUUAGGAACCUGCUGUACACUAAUUCACCGCGCAACCUCAACGACGUGCAGAUUGCCCAGGAAUCGAGACUGGCGGGCUUGCAUCGUUAUUCCACCAACACCGAGCUUUGGACUGCAUUUCUAGACUCAGAUGCUGUUGCCCAAGAGUACGAAAAUAUCCUGUCGUGGCUGCAGGAAAGAGCAGCGGAUACAUCGCCCCCCGUCGAGGAGCUUACACGCAGUCUGAUGGACAAAUCAUCACGUGGUGACGGCAUUUGGAGCUCUGGACCGAUCUUUACUCAGUCAAAGAUCAAGCAGCAGAAGCGCACUCGAGUGUGGUCGUUGCCACUAGAGCCCUCCAAUCCAGGCUUGAACCGAACGCAUGUCCGUGAAAGCGACCAGACCCGGCUUGUUACACAGCUCGACCCCGAUGCCCGCACUAGGGAGUCGGCAGCUUUUGAAGAUGAAGAUGAAUACUACGACCAGGCAACCUGGCAGACGUAUUGGGAGAUGCUGCGCCGAGGAAAGAGCAAUACCGAAAUCCAAUCGUGGUUCUCGGAGCGAAAGAUGUUGUGGAAAUAUGCCUCUCUCUGUGGGGGUGGGACUCCCACCAAACAGAUGAUCGACUCUCCUUGGGUGCGGAUAUUGAACUUUGCCACAAACUCGGAAUGGUUGGAGCGCUGUCGCAUGCUGGCUCAGAACCCUGCGGUUGAAGAUCACUUCCAGAGAGCCGUCUAUGGAGUCCUGUGCGGCGACUUCGGCGCCUCCAAGUCUGCAAGCAAGACCAUUGAAGAUCACCUGUUCUCCAUCUUUAAUUCUCUCCUGAUCCAGAGAUAUCAGCACUAUCUCGAAGCUUUCAGAACCAGAUCCUCGGCAUCUACCAUCCCCGGAUAUCGGCCUGCAGCACCUUCCACCGAAAAGAUCCGACAGUAUCUGACCGUCGUCCAGUCCGACCCAUCAAUCAAGGAAGAAGUCCACCUCCCACACAAGCUGAUUGAGUUGGCGGUAAUGUCAAAAGAUUUUGGCAACCUCUUCGUAACAAUGGGUCGGGCUGCAGCCCAUGUCUUGUACGCAACUGGCCAAGGUUCGCAGCUCAUGAAGAAGAAUGAAGGCGAAGUGAAUGAAGUUGCUUCACUGAAUGCGCAGGACCAAGACUCUGUACGAAUGGUGGCGCACCUGCAGCUCUUGCUACGGUCUCUUGGUAUGCUGGACUCGGCGUAUGCCCAAAACGAAUAUGAGCUGGAGAAUAACAUCGCAGCUUACGUCGGGUUACUGGAAAGCUUGGGAAGAUGGCUCCUGAUCCCGCUUUAUGCUUCCAAACUGUCCAAGAAGAGAAGCUACCACGUCUUGGGAGCCAUCUUAAUCAAUGUGACGGACCGUCGUGAGCGAGACUUGCAAGUCAAGCUCAUGAAGCAGUACAACAUCGACGUCUCGGAAGUCGCCUACGGUAUCUUCUCGCUGGCCAACUUUGCAGACCUGCAAAAGCUCCGCCACUACAAACACGGUCCUAUCUCCUCCAAGAUCACAAUGAUGGGAGGUACGGGCAAAACUGCUCAGCACAAGAUCCGUCCGGCCAUGAUGAGUGGCGACGUCCCCGAAACCGAAUUAAGGGCAAUCAGAAGCGUCGAAUGGAUCCGGUAUGUUGAUGCCGAGAACUGGGGAUUAGCAGCUUGGUCUGUUGGCGUGCUGUACAAGGUCUUCCUGCUCGAGGGGAAAUUCGUUGCCCUCCGCCAGCUGCUUGAGCGAGUUGGACUGUCUGUGAUGUCCCUUGCCGCCGUAGGUAUGAACCUACAAUUUGCAGACGCGGAUCCACCCACAGGCCACAUCGAGAGUGAAGUCGACGAGAUGGAUGAAGAUCACGUCAAGCCCAUGAGCAGCCCGAGUCGCAAGCGGAAGGCAGCCGGCACCGAUACUACGUCCGGAAAAGCAAAGACGGAUCGCCAAACGCUGGCACUGCAGUGCCUGGUAUGGAAGCAGCUAGAGCAGCUCGUAGCUGCCAUUGAUGCUUUGGACAUUUUCCAAGAAGUGGCGGACGCCCUCGAACAACACAAAACCAACCCGUCCGCAGCGCGCAAUUACAGGCGAGAACUCAAGCGAACUCUUGACGACGUCCGACAAGCGAUGAAUCCAGUUCUUGUCGACGACUUCCUCUGUCGGCCGGAUGAUGAGAAUGAAGCAACCGUCUUGGACGACAUCCGCAAUCACUACAUUCCCGAAGUCGUCCUUGCGUACAACAGUGCCCUAUGGUUUGCAGGCCACUAUGUCUCCCGCACCUGGCUCGUUGAAUGCAUGACUCUGGCGCAGGUCGUCGCUGAAACUCCCAUGUUGACCGCGGUUUUUGUUGCAAGCGGAAGAAUGAAGGAAUUGGUUAGGGCGUUUGCGGUCGACAGCCAAGCGCUUCUGCAGGCGACCGAGCAAAGUAGCGCAGGUGGUGCAGGGACGGGUGCCGGCCGGGCGAAGAAGAUCCGGACCGAAAAAGGGAAUGCGGAUAUCUGGAAGGUCAGCUGGAAAGAAGACUACAGAGCUUUGGAUUUAGAGGCGAUGGACUGA